AUGAAUUAUGAAGUAGAGAAAAAACCUGUUGAAGCCGUCAAUCUAGAUGUAGUUGUGAACAAUGCCGUGAGUGCUGGGGAAAUAGAUUGGUCUACACCAGUAAUGAAACCUAAAGACGAGCUUGUACUGGACUGGAGUGAUAAAGAAGAUGACGAAGAUGACGAUGAAAUAACAGUGGAAGAACCAAAGAAAAUUGCCAAACAAGAAUCAGUGGAAAGUGAAAAAUCAAAAUCAGAUUCAAAAGCAUGCAAUCUUGAUGUAAUGGCUCAACAACUAAAAUUUGUUGCUUGCCUGAAAAUACUUAUGGAAGAAUUAUCUACUUUGGCUACUGGAUACGAGGUAGAUGGUGGAGAGCUAAGAUAUCAUCUAUACUUGUGGCUUGAGAGAGAAGUUGAUGCUUUAAGACACUUAUGCAACUAUAGUUCCAAAGAUUCAAUGAUUGUUCAAUACGAGGGAGGCCUUGAAACAUCAAUCUUGGAUAAUCGGGAGUUUACGUCAACACCUACACUAAAGAAUUCGGUUGACAAACCAACCCUGCAUGAUAUUUUACUUGCUGAGAAAAUAGAUUUUGAAGCAAAGGUUCAAAGAGCAGCUAGAAGAAAGAAAUGGCUCAAGGAAAACGAAACCCUUUUAAGAACAUUACUAAGCUAUUGUAGUUUGCAUGGAGCUGGAGGUGGUGGUUUGGCAUCAGUUCGGAUGGAAUUAGUACUUCUAUUACAAGAAUUACAACAAGAAAAAACUCAACAACAGUUACUAUCUCCACUGCCAUUCCCCACUACUUUGCCAUUAUUGUCAGCAAGUGUUGCUUGUAACAAAACUGUGAUAGCCGAUCCUGUUCGAUACCUUCAGGCGCAAGCACACGAUAUGUUACAAACAGUCAUUGAUAUUCGAUGCCCACCUUUAUUGACACGAAUGGAUCUUAGUUAUUUGUUUGUUCUAAGGGAUCUGUCAGUGGCUUUGUCAGCUUGCUUUUAUCAAUCCCUCUGUGAUAGUGACACAGUUGCUGAAAGUUAUCAAUCGGGUGCUGACAAUCCAACUUAUUGCAGCCAUCUCAUUGCAGCAAAAAAUAGAAAACGUCGUUACAGUAUAGAUGAGCCAAUCAAAGUGACCACUCCGCCUUCAAAAUGGCCUGGAGUUUCAAGCCUACGGGCAUUAUUAGCACAUGAUAAAGACGAGGACGCACCAAAAUUAAACACUUUGUUAUGUGAAGCUUUUGUUGCUACUUAUAUGGGUUUAUUAGUGUAUGCAUUUGCCACAUGUGAUUGUCACAUAUUAUACCGAUUAGUAGGACAGAAAUUUUCUGAAAAUACAUGGAGCACGCUUUUUGGAGGUGGCGUUAAAAAACUUUUAAAAGUUGCGCCUACAGCUCCCAAAAGUCGACCCAAUAGCUUAGAACGAGAGAAUAGUGCAAGCAGUGAUAUUGGUGUAUGGACGGCAGUUACGAGCUUAACUAAACAAAAAGUACGGUUAAAUAUGAAACUCCUUGGUCAAUUUGUUGGCUCUCCUGGUACGCCUACUAUAAAAGAAGAUAAACCAACUUACAGAGAACAUUUUGUGCCUCCUGAAAUGUCUAUGAUAUCAUAUUUUUUGAACAAACCAAAUUUGGCAACUGAGGUACAAGAUGUAGAUUAUGAUUCGGCGGACAGCGCUGUUUCUGAUUUGUCAGAAGAUGAAGAUGAAGAUUGUGACAUUUUUGACAAUACUCAAGACAACAAAAGCAAAACUGGUAAAACUGAAAACACUGAACACUCAAAUCCUUACAGUUAUGCUUGGAUGGUGAUGCGAUUAGCCAUAAUGCAGUUGGUCCAGGAACAGUUGCAUGCGUUUCUCACAGUUGCAGCCAUUGAUCUCCAAGAAUUACCAGUCAGCAGCCCAUUGAUACACGGCACUCUCAGGGUAGUUAGCCAAUGGCAAGAGAUUUUAAAGGAAGAAUUAGAAUCCAAAGGGCCCCCACCUGUUGAUUACAUACCUGGUUGUUUUGUGGAACAAGCUACCACAGGUCCACCCAUUAAUAAAUACAGAACACUUUUAGAUAAAACAAAUACCCCAUUUCACCCUCGUCAUGGGUCAGCAGCUCCAGCAAGACGAUUAUGGAACUUUUUGGUUCGCCAAGAAUUUGUUCAAGAUCUUUUCAUUCGUAGUAUAUUCAGUCGUCAACCACGUGCAGCUGGAAGUUCUACUUUACCAACUAUGAACCAAGAAGUAAAAUCAUGUUCUGGAAGCGAAACACCCAAUCCACAUUUGCCAGAUCCUGUGAGAAUUAUUCAUAAAGAACAAGACUCAAUAUCUGCUUUUUGCCUUAAUUUGGCCAACAGUAGUCUCCUUGCACUGGCAACCCCUCGGGAGAUACAAGAGAUGGACAUAUCGUUAUUACUUGAAUCUCCUUCUUGGCUAGAAGAUGAAUGUGAAUUUGACCUUGUUAAUCUCUCUAGAGACCAUGAACAUCAACCAUCUAGUUUCCUGGUAAUUCAAACGUCUAUUGAUCGUCCUCUUCAAACAUCUCCUGGUACUAUUAUUGUUAAUCCAUUGCCGACAAGUCCCAGUGUAACUGGAUUAGCUGGCCAGACUGGACGAGGAGCAUCUGUGGUACAACAAAAGAGCAUACAAGGUUACAGCGACGGAGGGACGAGAGCAAUAAAAAGCUCAAAAAAUAUUAUGUCGAUGAAGGGACUGAAUUUCCCCGGUUGUCACGACCCACGUUUCUGUCAGUUUGUCUGUGACCGCAGUCGACUCCUGCUCAGACCGGUGAUGAAACACCGCGUGGACAACAUUCGGAGGAUAUGUCCACAUCCUUUGUUACCUGUGUAUUUGACGGGUUCGCAAGACGGUUCGGUGCAUAUUUGGGAAUGGGGUCAUCCUCAAACAGUGGCUGAACCUCGGGCAGCCGGUACUUUUGCAAAAGUCACAAGGGUGCGGUUUUCACAACACGGCAACAAGUUCGGGGUAGCCGACGGCGACGGAAAUUUAUCCCUGUUUAACGUCGGUCUCACGUCGUCCAACUAUAGGCCAUUUUAUACAUUCCAAUGCCAUAAUAAAGUUACCAGCGACUUUGUGUUCCUUGGUUCGUGCAGUCUCAUCGCGACGACCGGCCAUUCGUCAGAAAACAGAAACGUCGCAUUGUGGGACACGCUGUUGCCGCACAAAAAAUCAUUAGUCACAGCGUUCGUGUGUCACGAGCAAGGGUCGACGUGUAUCGGAUUCGCUCCACAGCAUCAAGUGAUAGUCACCGGUGGACGAAAAGGUGACAUAUGCAUAUUCGAUGUCCGCGGCGGAAGUGGUUCGAUAAAACACCGUUACUUGGGUCACGAUUCGUGUCUUAAAUGCAUGACCAUCGACCCUCACGAGCAAUUUUAUUGUACCGGAGCAGCAGACGGAGACAUCAAAAUUUGGAACUUGUCCACCCAUCAGUUGAUGUACACAUUCCCCGCCGAACAUGCUCGUUCUAGUUUCUUCAAGCACAUCGGUCAAGGUGUCACGCAGCUACAAGUGGACUCGUCUGCAAGACUGUUCUCGUGCGGAGCUGACGGUUCAAUGAAAGUCAGACAGCUGCCAGACAGAUCAAGACUAUUGACAAUAAAAAGAUAG